AGCAUUAUUUAUUCUUAUUCCGGGUCCGGGUAGUUCGUUUGUAAUUUUCGUCUUGUUUGGGUGUUCUUAGUAUGUCGUGGUUUCGUGUUGGGGUAGGGAGUUUUGCGCGAGAUUCGCGUUAAACGCGUUAAAACGCUAAAAAUAAUUAUUGCUUUGUCAACAAAACGAGUUCGUGCGUUUUGGUGCAGCCCCUACGGGGCUUUCGCCUCUUGAUUGGAUAAUAAUUAUGGCCAACUAUUAUCUUAACUCGGAAGCUGAUCUGUAUAAAAAAGAUUUGGAUUCGGAAAUAGACAAUUCAGGAAACGAAGAUUCAGACGAUUCGACAGGCGUAGAGGAAUCCCAGCACUCCAAGGUUAAAAAACCAAUUAACAAGGGGCGAUGGAGCAAGGACGAGGAUAACAAAUUGAAGCAAUAUGUUGAAGAAUACAAUGAGAAAUGGGACCUGAUAUCAGAACAUUUUCCCGACAGGUCGGAUGUUCAGUGUCAACAAAGAUGGACCAAAGUGGUUAAUCCGGAAUUAGUGAAAGGGCCUUGGACCAAAGAGGAAGAUGAAAAAGUUAUUGAGUUAGUCAACAAAUACGGUGCCAAGAAAUGGACGCUCAUAGCCCGCCACCUGAAAGGUAGGAUAGGCAAACAGUGCAGGGAGAGAUGGCACAAUCAUCUAAAUCCGAAAAUAAAGAAAUCCGCAUGGACCGAACAAGAGGACGAAAUCAUUUACCAAGCUCAUCAAGUUUUGGGCAACCAAUGGGCUAGAAUUGCGAAGUUAUUGCCAGGUAGGACGGAUAAUGCAAUUAAAAAUCAUUGGAAUUCUACGAUGAGAAGACGUUACGAAACUGAAAGUCGCGAAAACGGAGACUCUAGACGUGGUAGAAUAAGGAAAAACAUUCGACAGCUCGAUAUAAACAACUGUCUACGGUUAAAACAACUUGCUGGUCAAAUCGGAUCGAUCGACUCUCAGAAAGACAAUCUACACACACUUUACAACAGUGAAGAUUGGAUUGAAAUGUAUGAUCAAGGAAGCAGUCAGUCCAGUAACGGCGGAUUUUCUGCUGGGGCGCCUACUCCCAGUCCAGGUCCCUUAACUCCCACCCCCACCCCAUUUGAUAAAAUGGAUCCAUCCGACACGCAAAUCCCAAAUAAUUUUGGAUACACUAAUCAAUCCUCGCCUGUUAAACUGACUCCAUUGAACGAUGAUAUUGUGUCCGACUUCGAUUUGGGUUUCUACAAUUCACCAAGAAUUAGUCCAUUGAAGAAUACCAACAAACAGUUCAUAAGAACAAUGAUCAGUUCGUCCCACUGCCCCCGAAGCAACUUGGCAUCUGCGAAUAUUGCGCCGCCCACAAGGUCUUCGACACCAUCAAUUUUGAGGAGGGGCGCUAAGUUAAGAAAAGCCAAGGGUACUGAAGAAAAACCUCAAGAGACUUUCAAUUUUGCCUCAGAAUAUGCCGAGGAAUCAGGAACAACUAAUGGCGACAAAAUGGAGAGUCUAAAUUGUGACUUGGAUAGUGCAAAACCCACAAUAUUUAGCCCGGUAAGGGCGCACGGCAAUUCACCUAUCAAGCAGUUGCCAUUCAGCCCUUCACAAUUUUUAAACAGUCCAAAUGUGUCAAAUAUCACAUUUGAUGUUUCUCUGUCUUCAACUCCAGUGAAAAAGCACGUAACUCUCACUCCAAAACAAACUACUCCUGUACAGGAAAGAAGCUAUAGCCCGCUAAGUACGCCGCAUGGGUUAUCUAUGAAACCUGAACCUACAGCAUCUACCUCAGAAGUAAGCACACCUAGUAAGCGAACUUACCAUGAUGAUGGCACCCCACGUACUCCUACUCCAUUCAAAAAGGCUCUUGCGGAUUUAGAAAAAAAAUCUGGACCAAUUACAAAUUUGCCAGAUACCCCUUCAUCUAGAUUAGAGGACAUAACUGAAAUAAUGAAAAAGGAUCAAGAUGGUUCCCAUUAUGAAACAGACACUAGUGUAACUGCCACGAAUGACAGUGGCUACUUAACUGGUAAAAGGAAAGGCGGCGGUUUGGCAGCUGGCAAAGAAAACAUUCUUCCAAAUAAAAAAGUGAGAAAAGCACUCGCUCCAUCGUGGGCUUCCACAUCAAUAUCAUCUCAAGUAUCAUCCGAUAUGUCCUUUGCAGUUGAAACUCCUAGCAAAUCACUUGGAACAGAUUCAUCCAUUCUCUUUUCUACUCCACCAUCAAUUAUAAAAGAUUCUUUAGGAGUAUCAGCUUUGGAUUAUGUAGGACCACAGGGAUUUAAGCCAGAUCCUGAUGCCAGUGCUUCUACUCAACGUAGUGCAGCCGCAAAGCGGAUUACUUUUGAGGAUGCUUACAUUCGAUCGCCAAAGUUGGACAAGCUUUGGGUGAUGGUCGCAUGUGGUAGAACUCAAGAUCAAAUUGAUCUAACAGAAAAAGCCCACCGCUUCUUGAAGAGUAAUGGCUUUAAGCCACGUUCGUUGGACUUCUAAAACUCUUAUGAAAUAUCGUCCUCCCUUUGGCAAAGCAACCGAUUAUUUUAUUGUUCUCGCAUCAAUUUGGAAUUUGCUUCAUUUUCACAAUCGCCACUCUGCCACAGGAGGGAUGAUUUUAUAGUGUAUAUUAUCAUAAAUUAGAAUGUACAUUUAUUAGUAAUUAAUAAUUUUUAUUGGAGAUACUGGUCAAGGAUUGAAUUUUUGGAUAUUUUCAAAGAUUCUAUUUUAAUGAUUGAAUUGAUCCCUCAAAUAUUCUCGCAGUUACUGCUCCAUUAAAUGUGCACAAAAAGAAGUGCAGCCAGUAUCGAGUGAAAAUAUCAGGGACAAAUUAUUUUAUUUAGUAACGCAAAAGCAUUUGCAUAGCUUAUAUACAUUUUCCGUGCUUUUAUGUAUUAUGAUUAUUAUUUGUACAGUUUAUCGUUUUAUUUAAAGAUUGUAUUCAUGUUAUCGUAAAAAUAGAUUUUAAUAGAUUUUACUGUGUGUGUGUACAAUUAAUUUAAUAAAAAAUCAAUUUUUUCAAGUAAAUAGAAAAAGCGGUAGGUUUAGAAUUGGCGUGUCCAAUUAAGUAAGGAAGGAAGGAAGAAAUAAUUUUGUAUUCCAAUAAAUUUCCAAAUUAGAAAUAAUUGUUACAAAUAAAAUAAAUCCAAAGCACUAUAUAUUAAUUUCAGGGAGGUUCACAUGGUCCAUAGAAGUAACCGUAUGAACAGAUUAACAUAUUAAAUGAAUUAAUUUAAUUAAUAAAUAGUUGAUGAAAUCUGGAAGGUUCUUUAACGAAAGGCUUUGUUGUGUUUGAAAGACUUCAAUAUGUUUUAGAUCUACAGAGCACUUGCACUUAAAGAUUAGGGUGCAUAAUAUAAAAUAAAUCUCUUGGUUUGUUCUCGAUAUAAUUCUGAUAACCACCUACCCUGAACCACCCGAUAUAGAAUGAAAAUAUUUGGUAUAUGGAAAAAAUGUUACUCUACAAGGAAAUAGGUUAAAAAAUAAAACCACGCCUUUAAUUAAUGCUAGUCCUUCAUUAUUGUAUUUUAAUUUUACCACAAAUAUGAAAAUUAGUAAAUAGGUAUGUUGAAUAAAAUGUAGAUACAUUAAACUUAUAUAAAGAUUACUUUGUAUUAGAGAAUUUAAAUUGCAAAAGUACAAAAUAUUUCAUAUCAUAAAUAAUAUAUUGUAUAAAACGGCUUGAUGUAGAGACGAUCCCAUAACUUAUCCCCCGCAGAGCACAUGAUACUAUGAUUCAAAAUAAAAUUUAUUCAAUUAUCGGGGCCGUAAAUCUUAUGUGUAAAAUAAAAUUUAACUUAAAUAUUUUAAUUAUCUGAACACUGGUAAAACACAAGCAAAGAAAUGUUUUUUUUUAAUAGAAAGGAUUAUCUUAGUUUCUAGUAUGUCAAGUCGAAACGAUCUCUUUUAUGGGGCAAACAAAUACAAACAAAAUUAUUCACCAUUAAUUAUGAAUAAUGCGCGAAUUUAAUCCUUAAAAUUAUUGAAAUUUUUCGAAAAUUAAGUUUUACAUUCAACCUCCUGUAUCAUUUACGUUUAUAACCACAUUUAUUGAACAAAUAUUAUUUUGGUUUAUAGAAUCACUUGUUGCUCUAUGGCCAAUAAGAUAUGACACCCUAUAUAUAAUUGUAAUUGUAUUGCAUUGUAUUGAAUUGUUUGUGUAUUCAUUUAUAUCUACAAUGUUCAAUAAAGAUUUCAUGAGUUGUUGAGUUGUAAAUUGAGUGAUAGUCAUAGGUGUUCUAACUUCUGUGUCAUCCGGUACUUCUCAGAAGUGCUGCUGCUUUCCUCAACAGGUCGACCAAAAGUUUCUGUGCAAGGUGCAACGAAUAAAAAAAGGGCUAAAUACACUCAAAACCAUUAUUGCCAAGUUAUACUCUUUUUCGCAUGUAGAUGUUUUUAUUUUUUUUAAUUAUGCGUUUAAUUGGGCUCAACUCAAUUUAGGAUAUUCACCCAUCUUCCGGUAUCCGCCGAGGAAAAUUUACUGAUACCAAUUUUUCACGCACACCCAAGGCACCCAGUGGGAAUGGAACCGAAAACCUCCGGCAAGUCGAGUUGGCACGUCCAACGCCGUACCAACCGAACCAUCCUUGGUCCCCAUGUUUUUAAAUAAGAGUUAUCUCUUCUCUAUAAACUCGAAAACAGAAACUAACCAAAUAGUUACUUAUUUGUACACAAUUAAAAUGCAGAAAGCUAACAGCAGCCUGGGUCCACGGUCAAACACA